AGACAUUAAGAACAUAUACGAACAUAAUUCCAAAUCCAAGAGAGAGAGAGAGAGAGAGAGAGAGAGGGAGGGAGGGAGAGGAGAGGAGAGAGAUGGAUGAGGGGAAGAAGAAGGGGAAGGCUGUGGUGGUGGGAGGCAGCAUAGCAGGACUAUCCUGCGCGCACGCGCUCAUAGCAGCAGGGUGGGAAGUGGUGGUGAUUGAGAAAUCAAGUGGACCACCCACUGGAAGCCCAACCGGUGCGGGACUCGGUCUCGACCCACUCUCUCAGGAACUCAUUGCGUCGUGGCUCGGUCGAACCCAUCUUCUCCACAAUUCCACCUUGCCUCUCACCAUCGAUCAGAAUGAAGCAACUGAUGGUGAAAACAAUAUCAACUGGAUGCUUACAAGAGAUGAGAACUUCAGUUUUAGAGCAGCACACUGGGUUGACCUCCACAGUCUUCUGUACAGUGCGCUGCCACCGCAUAUAUUUCUCUGGGGUCACUUGUACCUCUCUUUCUGCGUGUCUAAUGACAAGUCCAACGUUAAACUGAAGACUAAAAUUCUCCAAACUGGCGAAAUCAUCGAAAUAGUUGGUGAGCUGCUUAUUGCAGCAGAUGGGUGUCUUUCUUCGAUCAGAAGAAAUUUUCUUCCAGAAAGCAAACUAAGGUACUCAGGUUACUGUGCAUGGAGAGGAGUACUAGAUUUUUCAGAUAACAAGUAUUUAGAAGCAAUCACAGGCCUUAGGAAAGUGUAUCCAGAUCUUGGAAAAUGCUUAUACUUCAGCUUAGGAUAUGGAACGCAUAGCGUGCUUUAUGAGCUUUUGAACCAAAAGAUUAAUUGGAUUUGGUAUAUCAAUCAACCAGAGCCAGAACUUAAGGGGAAUUCAGUGACCACAAAGGUAAGCAGUGACAUGAUCCAGAAAAUGCACGAAGCUGCAGAGAAGGUUUGGGUUCCUGAAUUGGCUAGAAUUAUGAAAGAAACAGCGGAACCUUUCAUAAAUGUCAUCUACGAUUGUGUCCCUUUAGAACAGAUAUUUUGGGACAAUGUUGUAUUAGUCGGAGACGCUGCUCAUCCAACAACCCCUCAUGGCUUGAGGAGCACAAACAUGACAAUAUUAGAUGCUGCUGUUUUAGGCAAGUGCCUUAAGAAGUGGGGAGUGGAAGCUCUACAUUCAGCGCUUGGAGAAUUCCAGUCUAUAAGGCUUCCGGUGACUUCUAAGCAAGUGCUGCAUUCUCGUAAAAUGGGUCGCAUCAAACAAGGUUUAGUUCUGUCUGAUCGCAAGCCUUUCGAUCCGAAGGUGGCCACUCCGGAGGAAUGCUACGAUCUUCAGCAGAAAUACAUGCCUUUCUUUGGUGAAGUUCCUUCAAUACUUCAGAAGACACAUGCUCCAUUCGAUUGCUAAGUUAUUGUUGUCGGCCUGUUAAUCAUAUGCAGGUUGGAUUGUCUUAUUGGUUAAUCAACCCGAGUUCAUGUCUCCAUUGAUACAUGUAUUACUAGCUGUUAACCUAAACUUGUAUAGAAACAUGUACCAUGAUAGCUGAGACCACAUUCAAAAGAACGGAUUUUAUAGACAAGACAUAUUGCAUGUGACUGAGAUUAACAAA